AGUCCCAGCUGUCUUGUUGAGAUUGAUUGGAAUUACUAGAUCUUUUAUUUACAUACAUAUUCAGAGGACGAAAGAAGUGUGAUACGCUUUGUGUUUAUCAUCGUGAAAAAAGUACACACACGCCACUGGGUAUAAUACUGGAAGGAUCGACUGUCUUAGAACUUACCUUAGAUCGAGAGACACAAACCUGUUGCUCAACAUUCCACAACACAACACCACCUUACACCAACUAAACAAAAAACAACUGUUGCACAAUGGCCCGUGAGAACCUCUCCAUCGUGCUCGCUGAGCGUCCUACCACCGACAUCAUCCCCGGCAAGACCUUUACCCAAAAGACCUCUCCAGCUCCUACACCAGCUGAUCUCCAAGAUGGUCAAAUCCUCGUCGAGACCCUCUACCUAUCCCUCGACCCCGCCAUGCGAGGCUGGCUCCGAGACAUGAGAUCUUAUCUCCCUCCCGUUCAAAUCGGCCAAACCAUGCGUGGAUCAUGCGCAUGCCGCGUCCUCGCCUCAAAGAGCAAGCAAGCUAAAGAAGGCGACAUUGUCUCCGCCCUAACAGGCUGGACUGAAUUCGCCAUCCUUCCCGAAGGUCGUUUCGAGCCUGCGUCUUUGUACCCCGGUCUCAAAGACCCCAAGGACAUGCUCUCUGCUCUUGGAAUGACCAGCUUGACUGCUUGGGUCGGUAUGUCCAAGAUUGCUGACCCUAAGCCUGGUGAGCUUGUCGUUGUGUCGGGCGCUGCUGGUGCUACGGGAAGUGUCGCGGGCCAGAUCGCUAAGCUUAAGGGUGCGAGGGUCGUGGGUAUUGCGGGUGGUGAGGAUAAGUGCAAGUGGCUUACUGAGGAGUUGGGUUUCGACGUUGCAUUGAACUACAAGGCGGACGACUUUAAAGAAAAGUUCGCCGAGGCGACAAAGGACUUUAUCGAUGUCUACUACGACAAUGUCGGUGGCGAUAUCCUCGACAUGUGUCUCAUGCGAGCAAAGGAACACGCCCGCUUCAUCGAAUGCGGUCUCGUCAGCCAAUACAACGCCGCCAAGCCCCAAGGACCCCGUGCAUUCUCCCAGAUCGUCACCAUGCGUAUCAAGAUGCAGGGUUUCAUCGUCCUCGACCACGUCAAGGACUUCCCCGCUGCUCGCGCUGAGCUGGCUCAGUGGAUUGCGGAGGGUAAGCUCAAGAAGACGGAGACUGUUGUUCGUGGUGGCCUCAAGGUUGCUGAGCAGGCUCUUGUGGAUCUGUACAAGGGUAUCAACACUGGAAAGUUGAUCGUUGAGAUCAAGAACCACAAUGAGACCCCCUCGAAGCUGUAGGGGAGGGAUAUGAGAUUGCUUAUGAGAUACCUUGUCGAUAGUUAAUGACAUACCAUGAUUUAUGGACA